AUGGCUGGGCCGACGUCGCCGGGCAGCGAAGGUCCCACGUUCGCCCCUCCUCAGCUCCCCGCGGGCUGGAUCGCGCAGUGGGACGGCGCCAGCAAGAAGUACUACUACGUCCAGCUCGCGACGGGCGUCUCCCAGUGGGAGGUGCCCACACAGGCCGUCCAGACGGGCAACACCCCCGGCCAGCAGGUCGAGCAUCCCUACGGCACCCCGCCUCAACCCCAGCUCAUCACCCACCCCGACGGCUCCCAGACGGUCAAGCACUCGGACGGCUCCCUCGAGCCCAUCAUGACCGACGGCGCGAGGGGCGUUGACGGGCCCAACGGCGAUCGUGGACUGGGUACCAUGGCCAUGAACGCCCUCCUCGGCGGCAAGAACUCGAGCCAAGGCGGCGGCAGCGGCGGCGGUGUCGGCGGGCUUGGAUCCCUCGCGACCCAGUUUCUCGGCGGUCAACAAGGUGGCGGAAGCGGGGGCAACGGUGGCAAGAGCACCGCCGGCAAACUCAUGGGACAGCUGGCGUCCAACCUCCUCUCGCCGUCCAACAAGCCGGAGCAGCCACAAAACUACCACGGCGGGCAGACCUCCGGCCACUCCUCUCACCAGGGUGGCGGCUUGGCAGGCACAGUCUUUGGCGGCGUCGCAAACAUGUUUGGCGGCAAGCCGUCGCACGGCAGCGGUGGCCAGAACUACGGUUACUCGAAUGCCGGCACCGGCGGUUCGUACUCCGGCCAAGCACCUACAUAUAACCCGCCCGGCUCUAGCCACUCAUCCUCGGGCCACACCCCAUCCGCCUCGCAGUCGAGCCAACCCCAUGGUUCGCAGAGCCAAAGCCAUCACCAGUCAUUCCCGCCGCCUCCCCCCGGAAAGCCGCCUCACAGCCAGUCUCCGUAUGACCAGUCCUACGGGGGGGACCAGCAUGGAGGCAAUGGCGGAUACUCGCACCCACCGCCGAGUUAUAGCGGCUCAUCCCCCGGUGGCUACAACCAGAGCCACUCUGGCGGCUACCACCAAGGGUCUCCGGGCGGUUACAACCAAGGCCAGUCUGGGGGCUACAACCAGGGGGCCCAGAGCGGCUACGGCCAGUCGUACGCCGCAGGCUCUAGCGGUCACCAUCAACAUGGCGGACACAACCAAGGGUCCUACCACGGCGGCCAUUACUGA